AUGGAUCUUCUUCGAGCUCUUUCCUGUAAUGACUGCACUUCGCUUUAUCCCAAACCGCCACUCCAUCGGCGGCCAUUUUUCUCCACCUCCAUUUCACUAUCCCUCAGAACGACGUCGGAGCUCCGAUCCCAGGUGGCAGUCACGGGCCAAAAUGGUACCAGCUACUCACUUGCAGUUCCAACCCACAAAGUCACCGUGCACGACCGCCAACGUGGCGUCGUCCAUGAGUUCUUUGUACCUGAGGAUCAAUAUAUAUUACACACAGCAGAGUCUCAGAAUAUAAAUCUCCCAUUGCCUGUAGGCACGGAAAUCUGGAGCUUUCCACGAACUGAUCCUUCUAGCUUGUUAUACUCUCAAUUUGCAACACAAAACAUAGUGAAUGUUAAAUGUAACACCUUGUAUUGUGAGCCUUUGGACUCAUGCCUAUUUGGUGCAUGGGGUAGUGACCUUUCUGCCUUAAGUUUUAGGAAUAAUGUUUGGAGUGGUCUUAGAAGUUGUUGUACUAGCUGUGCCGUUCGUGUAAAAUCUGGGCAACUCAGACAACCAGAAGCACUAGGGAUAUCUGCUGAAUUGAAAUCAAAGGGGUAUGCACUUCUCUGUGUGGGCUUUCCAUCAUCUGACCUAGAAGUUGAAACUCAAGAUGAGGAUGAGGUGUAUUGGCUUCAAUUUGGACGAUAUUUUGCCCGAGGACCUAUUGACAGAGAUGACUAUGCAUUGGAGUUAGCUAUGGGAGAUGAGUAA